UUUCACAUUGAUUAGAUAUAUAUGAUAAUAUCGUUUUUGUGUACCAUAAUUUCGUAAGGUCAAAAAAGGACCACAAGUAAUCUUAAACGAAAUAACACGAAGUUCUCUCAUGAAAUUUUUAAAUCACGCGUUUUAAAACCUUUGAUUCUUGAUAUAUCCCGAAUAUUUACAAAUAUUUUAUUAACCAAUCGCACUUUGGAUUAAUAGAAUUGAACAUUAUUUUAUCAGAACAGUUACUUCAAAUUUUAUAAAAUCAUUUAUUUAUGUGCGAAAAAACAAAAUUAUAGCCUUAUUGCAAGAUUAUUGCUAAUAUAGAUAGUCAUUGCCUAAAUGAAGAUUGGCUAGACCCUGAAUAUGUUAUACCAUGAUUGUGAUACAAAGAUAGUGGUAUGGUAUGUAGGUAUGUUAGUAGGCAACAUAAAUUUUGCUGUUCUUUUAUGGGUAAUAGAAUGACCUUUAAAAUUGAUAGUUUUAACACAUAAUUCUCAUAGGAAGUAUAAUAGUUCCUACGAAGUCGUUAAAAGGCUAGUAUGUUAUGUAAAAUGGCUAGAAAAAUCUUUAUUAAAGAAAAAUUCAACUCGGACCUCAGCGUUUUCGAAUGAAAGUUUUGUAUGUAUAGAAGUAUAUUAUAUCGGUAUUUUUGAUGCCCAACAUGCCGUAUAUCUAUUAUGCCCUAAGUUGCGACGAAAUUGCGCCAAAGUUGCCGCACUAUCCCUUUUUAAAUGGCCUGUUGGUAUGCGUACGAAGAAAGUACAGACAACAAAGAAAUUUAUUCGUGGAGGGAGAAUCUCAAGCAUGCGCGGAGCGUAGGGAUCUCGAGUUUCACCGUGCUUUACUUUUGAGGGAUAUUGUCGCGCUACAAAUACCUUAAUAUUGCAGUUAAUUUUAUCAGAUAUCAGACUUUUAAUGUAUAUAUAAAAUAUAAAUCAUAUGCAACUGAAUUUCGGUAACUGCAAGCUCUGUACUAACUGAAUCGCAUAUUAAUUGAUGUACAGCUAACAGUGGUGAGAUAUUGUUGUCGUCUGAACAAUCAACCAACGCGGUAAUACAUAAACGAAGCACGUUCUACGGUCGCGUGCAAUGCGACAACGUCGCAUUCACGACCGUGGUCGUAUUUGUCGGUUGCGCUAUUGCGCUGUAUGAGAUUCAGACGAUUCAGACCAGUUUGUUCUUUGUCGCAUCGCACGCACGACGUCUAGUAUGCAUACUUUCGCACAGUUAUUGAUUUCUGAAGUGCAAAAAAGGCCUGUUUUAUGGAAUAGAUGGGAUGAAAACUACAAAAACCGAGUGUUAGUGGACAAGGAAUGGGAAAAUGUGGCAGUAGUAUUAAAAAAAGACAAAGUGGAAGCCAAGUCGAAAUGGCGAAAUUUAAGGGACCAGUUCCAAAGAGAACUGAAAAAAGUGAAGAAGCUCCGUUCUGGAGAGUCUGCUAGUAUAUCUGUGAGCGAUUACAAAGGGAAGUGGGUGUUUUUCGAAAUGCUCUUUUUUUUAAAAGACACUAUGGUGCUAACAAAAAUGACGAGCAAUUUCGACAAUGUACCCAGCACGGAUACAUUGAAUUCCGAAACGGACACGAACUCUGAAGAUUUGGGGCAAGAAGUUGCGGAUACAACGGAAGCGUCUGAAAGGAUAACGCCACCGCGUCAUCUCGAGACUUUCGAUACUCAUAGCUCUAGAUUUGAAGAAUCCCCCGAAAUCCCACGUCUCCAUAAUACGUCAAUCUAUCACCAUUCGAGAGGAAGAAAAAGAACAUUAUCUGACUUUGGAAGAGAUAUGUUAGAGAUGGAAAAGAAAAAACUUCCGGCAUUCGUCGAACACGGCCUAUGCGAGAGACACGAGCAAGAUGACGAAGACAUGCAUUUUGCAAAGUCCCUGGUACCGUCCCUCAGACGAUUAGAUCCUAUCCGAAAAUUAAUAAUUAGGAAUAAAAUUCAAAGUUUGUUAAUUAAGGAGUUAAUUCAUGAAAAUUCGAGUUUAUCAAGUGAUUCGCAGGCUGGGACAUCUACCGGCGAUCCUUUGACACUGUAAUAUGUAUAAUAGUAUUACAAUGUGUAUAAUUAGUUAUGAAAUAACAUAAAGAAAUAUUUUAUAAUUCUAUUAAAUUUUAUACGAUUUUAAAUAUGUAUUCAGCUUUGUCCUAUAUAUUCCCCAAUAACUUAUUUAUAAGCACAGUUAAAACUACACAAGCUUUGUUGAUUAUUCUGUAUCAACAAGAUCACGAACAUAUAACUGAAUGAGAUGAAAAAUAAGGGAUAAACAAGGGAUUUCAACCCUUUUUACCGUUUUUGAAAUGCGACACCCCAAGUUUUAUUGUGCGACCCUCUCGAACACGAUUAUAUAUACUAAUCGCGCUCUCGAGUGUUCGAGAUCUGGUUUAUGUUUAGCGCCUGUUAUAAAACGGUUGCUAGACCCGAACGUCGUUUAUACGUACUUUGAGCAAGACCAUACGAGCGUUGAAACAAGGUCCGCUGUAUUCGUUGUAGAAACAUAUUAUCGUCGUACAUUGAAGCCCCCUCACUAGGAACAUGCGUCAUUUCGAUAUACGGUAAUAUGUACAUAUUUCUACAACGGACAUCACGCAACAGAUGUCGUUCCAAUGGUCAUAUGGUCUCGGCUUUACCGAUACCGAUUCCCAUUUAUAUUAAGGCGCAAAUAAGAAAGAAGCAAGACGAGCUUACGAAAGAAUUUAGAAACGCACAUCGGCACGGUUCUUCUACACUGAAGCAGAAGAUCGAGAAACCAGCCUGUCUGAAAUUAGGAAUAGAAUUGACAACGAAGUCGAAGAUGAAUGGCAAUAGGAACGGAACGCAGUACAAGCGAGACAACUGGACAAGAAGGUUUAUCAAGGUCUCAUACUUCUUUAG